UUGGCUGGUUUCAUUUUUGAAAGAGCAUUCUGUUCUUCUAAGAACAAGAAGAAACCGCCCCCAACCGCUUUUUAUCUCUGGAGAUACACAAAAGAAGCAGAUUAAGCAUUACAUACUUGCUUGUUGUUCGUGCCAUUGAAUUGAAUUGAUGCAAGAAGCAGCAAGCACCAUGAGCAACUCUCACAGUCAAACUCAUCAUAACCUGCAUCAUCUAUCAUCAUCUUCAUCUUCUUCGAAACAGCAACAGCGGUGUCGCGGAAAGAAGCGCACUAAGUUGAUGAGAAUGAAUAAUACGGAGGAGGAUGAAGAAGAUCAGGAAGAGGAGUUGAAGGUGAAAUGCUGUACGGAGUGCGGGAAGAAGUUCUGGUCUUGGAAGGCUCUUUUUGGCCACAUGCGCUGCCAUCCUGAGCGCCAGUGGCGAGGGAUUAAUCCGCCUCCCAAUUACCGACGACCACCACCGCAGCAACCACAAAUGCAAAUGGUGAUGACCCAGGAAGACCACGAGGUUGCUGCUUGUCUUCUCUUGCUUGCAAAUGCAAAAGGAGAAAUAAUAACUACUUCUGAAACGGUUUCGUGCAGUCAUCAUCAUGAAGAGGAUUGUUUCGUUAGUCGCAACAGCAACAGCAGCAAGUGCAGUGGAGAUGCAGUACUGUUUGGGGGGUCAUCAGGGUCAGGAGGAGGAGGGCACAAGUGCAGCAUAUGUCUCAGGGUGUUUUCCAGUGGGCAGGCGCUUGGUGGUCACAAAAGGUGUCAUUGGGAGAAAACUGCAGGAUCAGGAGGUGGUGAUCCUCUUCCUCUUCUUCCUCCUCCUCAUGCUUCUGUUGCUCUCGACUUGAAUUUACCACCCUCUGACUCUGAUGCCUCCUCUGAUCCUAUUUCCCCCCUCACUCUCGAUUUGAGUUUGAGACUUUAGUUAAGCUAAGCCAACUCAAUCUCGACCCAUCUUACUUACUUACUGCUUAAUUAGUUGCAACUUACUACUUUCUGUAAUUCCCUUCCCUUAUACUACUAUCAUUCAUUCAUAAUCAACGUCAUACAUAU